AUGACGUCUGACACGGAUUCCGAUCUUGACCUUGGUCAUACCGAACAUGAGGAAAAUGACGGAGUCCACAAAAAGUUCACACCAGGAAGAGGAAAGAAUGCGCUCCAAAAGAUCCUCAAGCUUGAAACUCAUAGUGAAUGGCUUGAGUGGCUAAGGAGUUCAUUAGUUGCCCCCUGGUGGAAAGAGCUAUACAGCGACUGUCUAUCCAAGCCAAAGUCAGGAAAGCCCGUCAGAGUCCGGCGAAAAGUGGUUUUAGAGAAGCUGGCUCGGGGGGAGGCAAACGGACAAACGAGAUAUAGCGCGCGAUUUCCUGAGAAAGACGAAUGGGACCUUGCUGAUCAUCUAGCACGCUUUGUGUGUAUGGUUAAGACCGAGAAUCACAGGUCUAAUCAGGGCGUUUUCUUCAGGAAAAACCUUCCCGAGUCAUUCAUGGAAGCCAUCGUCUGGGCUCUUCUGAGCUACUUGAGAAGCACUAAUGGAAACUCUGUAAUAGGCAAGCGCCCGCGUUAUCAGAAGUCCGAAGAAGACCCAUUAUUUUGCGUGGAUCUAGACGCAGACGAGCAGGAAUCGGAUCACUUAAGCACCGAAGAGCCUGAGCUGAUAGAUCUAACGAUAGACAAGUGGCGCGAGGAGAUGUUUCAUCCAAGAGAGCGGAUUAUCUUGACCAGAUCUUCCCCAUGUUACAAUCCGCAGGAAAAGUACUGGCAGUUCCAACAUAUAUCCGAAGCCCUACAGAGAGUUGAGACGUCGUCUGUGGAUGAACAGAUUGAAAAUCUAGGACAGCUAUCAAUCAACCUAAACACCGCUUGGGAACCUACUCUGGACCAUUCUGUUGAUGGCUUAUAUCCGUCAGUGAACAGCCAGACUGAUCAUUUUGACCCAAUGAAAAUUGAAAAGACGGCAGACCUAGAAGCAAGUAUGGCUGCAGAGAUUGACACGAGUGACUUUGAGUCCUCCAUGUUGAUCAUUCCAACGGAAGAAUCAUUGGAACAAUUUGAAAAGCAUCGAAAGAUGCUAGACAACCCUGAAUAUCAGAUAGACAAUCACAAAGAGGCCUGUCAGAUUCUCAAAAUCGCAAAUCCUAGGGUACCACGAAUGAGAUCUAUGAACCGAUCAGCUGUUCUAAAGUUCUGGCAACCGGUUGCCAUAGCCCGUUUGCUUGAUAUUCGUGCAAACACUAUGGUUCGGGGUGCUAUCCUUGGCGAUUCUGUGGGGUUAGGAAAGACGUGGGAGGCCAUUGCCUUAAUGCUGAAGAUAUGGGAAGAUUAUAAUCAAUCUGUUAAAAGGGCAGUGAGUGAAGGAAAGGAACUCCCGCCAAGUAAACCAUUCCUCGUCGUCUUGCCUCCGUCACUCAUCAUGCAAUGGUGUGCAGAGAUCACUCGGGUUACAGACAAGCUGCGAGUUGUAUUGUAUUAUGGCAACAAGACAUCUAAAGAGGGCAUGCAGCCACUGAAGACUAUACUGCAUAAGGAACAUGAGCUGUUUGAUGGUUCACCAGUCAAUGGUCGGACAGUGGUUAUUACUUCUUAUCAAACACUGAGCAACCGCCAUGGGCCCGCCGCGGUCAAGAUAUGGUGUAGAAAAACAGGUCGGGAUUAUAAGAAGGAUAUACCAGCUUCCCUACCGGAUUUUCCGCAUCUCCUUGAAGGGUGCUUUUCCGAUGUGAUUAUUGAUGAGGCCCAUACACUUCGAAAUUCGGAUACCUCACAGUCCCAGGUGGUCUACUGGUUGAAGGCGAGCUUCUAUCUACUAUUGACUGCCACUCCUAUUUACAACUCUCGUGAAGACAUGCGUGGAUAUAUUCCACUACUAUUUCAUCCACCUUCCCAAGCGGACAAGGAUAUAUUAAAGAAGUUAGGGAGGGAUGUAUUCAAACUCCCUCCUGAAAACCCUGCGAGGUAUAUUUGCUGCACGGGGGAGGCAGUGGAAGAGUACAUUCUGGACAGAAAAGUGCCGCCAAUGGCGGCAGGCGAGCGCUUACGUGUGGUCUUUGGACUGACCAUGAUUAGAAGAGCCUUAACAUCUCGUUUGCAGUCAUUCGGUUCAAGGAUGAUAGGGAGUGACAUACCACCAACGCAUCGCAGAGUCUGCACCGUGGUGUUCAGCCGAGAGGAACAAGAGAUGUAUACUAGAGCUUCUGCUCCUCAUUUCGAUGGGCUUUUCAUGAAGGAUCCGGACGAUCCGACCAAAGUGGUUUGGAACAUGGCUAAACUCCGCAACCUUUGUCUUUUAACCUCAUGGUUAGGUUUCGAAUAUCUCAAGCAUACGCUCUACGCAACCAAGAUACCCAAUGCCUGCGGGAAGUUGGAAGAAGGGACUUUAGGGACUGUCUUCGCACGAACCAUAUUGAGGAAAAUGAAUUCUCAAUACCCAAAGUCUAUCUACCAGAGCAUCGAAUCGAUAGUCGAAACGCGGAGAACCUGGGUUCUCGAGUAUCUCCUCAAGGGGUCGCCCAAAAUGAGGGCUAUGCUUCCCGUCUUGCGUGAUCAGGUAAUUGUUCAUGGCGAAAAAGCAAUUGUUUGGACCCAGUUUCCUGCUGAGCAGAUCUAUGUUGCAGCCAUUCUCAAAGAGGCCAAUAUUGAUGCGGAGGUUUUCCAUGCUGGACUGACUCGUGAUGAGAGGAUGAAUCUCGUCGAGCGGUUUACACAGAAACGCGAUGAAUGCAUGGUAUUGAUUUGUACGUAUAAUGUCAAUGCUGCUGGCAUUAAUCUACAAAAUCUCUGCCGCAACGUUCAUCUCCUCUCAGUGGGCUUGUCCAAGUCAAUUAUUAACCAGGCUAUUGGACGAGUAAGUCGACUCGGCCAGGAGCGUAUGACGUUCGUCUAUGAAUAUCGACUUGAGUCCUCCUUUGACCAAGAACUUGUUUCGCGCAGUGAACGGAAAGCCCUUCCCGGUUUAAUUGCAGACCUCGGUGAGGGUUUCAUUUUCCCUUCAAUUUCGAAAGGUGGAAAGGGUCUACUCAACAGUUGGGUAGUACGAGAUGGAGAGUUGUAUCAACUUGCAUCUGGCGAGUCUGUGAGAAAGGGAGACAUCACGGAUAGUAUGUUUAUUCUCCAAAAGUUAAUGAGGUCUAUGGAAGACACCAUUUAA